AUGCGACACGCCGCGCCACGCCGCACAUGCUGCGACAUGCCGCGCCACGCCGCGGUAUGCCACGCCACGCCGCACACGCCGCGCCACGCAGCGUCAUGCCGCCACACGCCACGCCACUCAGCGUCACGCCGCGCCACGCCGCGACACGUCGCGACACGUCACGCCACGCCGCACACGCUGCGACACGCCGCGCCACGCUGCACAUGCUGCGACACGCCGCGCCACGCCGCGGUACGCCACGCCACGCCGCACCCGCCGCGCCACGCAGCGUCACGCCGCCACACGCCGCGCCACUCAGCGUCACGCCGCGCCACGCCGCACACGCUGCGACACGCCGCCACACGCUGUGACACGCCGCGACACGUCGCGCCACGCCGCACACGAUGCGACACGCCGCGCCACGCCGCACAUGCUGCGACACGCCGCGCCACGCCGCGCCACGCCGCGAUACGCCGCGCCACGCCGCACACGCCGCGCCACGCAGCGUCACGCCGCCACACGCCGCGCCACUCAGCGUCACGCCGCGCCACGCCGCGACACGCCGCGACACGUCACUCCACGCCGCACACGCUGCGACACGCCGCGCCACGCCGCACAUGCUGCGACACGCCGCGCCACGCCGCGCCACGCCGCGGUACACCGCGGUACGCCACGCCAUGCCGCACACGCCGCGCCACGCAGCGUCACGCCGCCACGCGCCGCGCCACUCAGCGUCACGCCGCGACACGCCGCGACACGUCACGUCACGCCGCACACGCUGCGACACGCCGCGCCACGCCGCACACGCUGCGACACACCGCGACACGCUGCCACACGCUGCGUCACGCCGCGCGACGCCGCACACGCAGCGCCAUGCCGCGACAAGCUGCGACAGUCCGCGGCACGCUGUGGCACGCCGCGACACACCGCGACACGCAGCGCCACGCCGAGCCGUGGCACAAAUUUCCAAAUUUACAUAACCCAAUUUCUAACACUUUUGAGUGGGUGUAUUGA